AUGUCGCUGCCCAAAGCCAAAAUUCUCGUUGUUGUGACGGUUGGUGGCUCGACCAAUUCAGCCGCUAGAGGUCAUACAAUUGACUUCGCAACACUGAGCGGCAGGGAGAAGCUGGUUGACAAUUAUCCUUUCGUGCAAAAGGUUCACAUAGUUGGACCAGCAAUCUCUGCUGAAGAAGAUGAAAAGCACUACAUCCUCUUCUCGCGAUGGAACUGGAACACUGCCCAGGGCAAAAGGGAUAUUGUCAAGGGCAAAAUGGCAUUUGAUGCGUUCUGGCCUUUUACAUAUCGCGGUCUAAAGGAGGUGACCACCACCAGCAAACCUGAUUUUAUCUUCUCCGACUUCCAUGUUGAAGCGGCGCUGGAUGUCUGCAACGAGUUUCGGCUCCCCCACGCAGUCAUGUGGCCCCAAAUGCCGUGGUUGAUGAUGCCCCAGAAGUACAUUCCGGGUCAGCCUGGUAUGCAGCAGAGAUGUUUGACCAGCGAGCACGCAAGCAUUUAUGAUCGGUUGUUUGAAAUUACCUUUUUGCUUCGCUCAGCGCCAUUCUUUCUUCACUGGAUCUUCUGGACCAAGGCAAUGCGCCGAAAAGAGGGAGUUGCGCCUCGGCCAAAAGUUUCCAAGCCGGACUACCUUGUGUUUCUGAAUAACUUCUAUGGCAUGGAAACGCCUCGAGACACUCCACCUUUGGUUCAUCCUGUUGGUCCCAUCUUGGCCGACUCAUACCCUGCUCUCGAUGGAGACAUCAAGUCCUUUGUUGAGACCCAUCAAAAGAUCGCUCUAGUUGCGUUUGGUACACAUGUUAUUCUUGAUGACGGAAAGAUCUUCAAAAUCAUCAACGGUCUCGCUGAUGCCAUUUCCUCCGGCGUGAUCGAUGGUGUCGUCUGGGCACUCAGUGCUAGAAGCCGUGGCCGACUUGAUACCAGCAUUCGAGUCCCAUCGUCUCACCUCUCUCACUUGACUAUUGAUAAACUGUUCAAGAAUCAGGAUCAAUCGUGGCACUUUGCUACCUGGGUUCCGCAGCGUUCUGUCCUCGAACAUGAUUCUACAUCCAUAUUCGUCACACACGCUGGACCUUCAUCUGUCAAUGAAUCCAUCUUCCAUGGUGUCCCUAUGGUUGCAAUGGGGAUAUUCGGUGACCAAAUGGUCACCACACUGAGACUUGAACGAUCUGGCGUUGCAGUCCGUCUUGAGAAAGAAACUUUCGAUGCAGCUUCCUUGACAGCAGCCAUCAGAAACAUACUCUUGUUUGAAAAAGAGUCGUUUCAAAGAAACGUCAAGCGUAUGCAGAGAAUUGCCAUGGUUGGAUCACGGAAGAAGCAUUUUGCUGCCAAUCUAAUCGAGGAGCAUCUAUAUGAUUGGGACGGUAGAUUUGAGAAUUCCCUUCUGGAUCUCAAAGUAUCCACCAACAGUAAAGCGAAUCAUUCGCAAGCUUCCGAUCCAAGAGACGUGUAUCCACGAGGCAAAGAGCUGCGCCCAAUGCAUCUUCAGACACCUGAUGUGCGUAUGUCCUGGAUCAAGCUCAACAACAUCGACUUGACGGUUUUUCUUUUUGUCCUGUUGGGACUCGUUGCAUGGAUCACUCGAGCAGCUGUUAAUAUGGCGCGACUAUGA